AUUAUUUCAAAUUGCACUUAUUAUCUUAUUGAUAUUAGAAGAAAUUCAUUCCAAUGGUCAUCAAUAUUAAAUUGCUAUCUGUCCUAUGCUUAUUCACUUAUGUGAAUGCAGGUUUAUUAAAAGCAUUGACUAUAGGUAAGAUUAUUUUAAAUGGACGAUUGUUAAACUGAUUCUAUCAAGAAUAUUCUCUUCCUCAUUUUUCUUUUAAUAUUUAUCAUCUGGUGACAUAUUGUAGAUUCUAAAUCUUCGCUACAUAUCAGUAAUAAUAUAAAAUAACCUAGACAACAAAUUUCUAUAUUAUCCUUGAAAAAUGACAAUUAAAUUUUGAAUAUUCAAUGUUCAAUGUUUAUAUCAUAACAGAAAUUAUUUAUAAGAACUUUUAGCUAAAUUAGAGCGAAUAGUUUCACAGUAUAUGAGCGCCAAGUUGAUGUAAGACAUGAAAUAGGAAUAAUAUAUAUGUAAAAUCUCAGCGUAUGAAUUUGAAGUAAAAAAAUCCAACUUUUCUUUCUGAUGGAGUUUUGUUGUCUGAGAUGGAUGGUUUGGUGGUGGAGCUUUCAUCGUCCUUCUGAACGACAUCAUCAGCACAAACUUUGGGUAGGCUUCUAACCCAAUGUUUCGCUUAGCAGUCUGGUCCAAGCUUUUUCAAAGAAGAUAUUUUCUGAGAUUUUACAAGUAAAUUAUCCCUAUUUAAUGUCAGAAAUCAUCUAGUUAGGAAGUUGCUAUUCAUUUAUUUGUAAAUCACUAUCUAAAUGAUAUUUCACAACAAAAUUCGAUGUUCAUUCAAUUAAAAUCAUAAAAAGACGAUUAGUGUUGACUUAGUUAGUUCAAUCUUAUUCUUUGAAAAGAAUUGUUACAAACUAGUACUUUAUAUAGCGUCACUGCGUUUCAUUAUCGUUAUUAUUAUUAUGCUAGCUAGUAAGAAUACUAUGAUAUCGAAUGCCUAGUUUUAUCGAAACUUUCAUAUUUUAUAAAAUAUUCAGUCAAUUAUGUCUAGAACUGUAAAGAAAAUAACAAAAAUUCAGUUAUUCAGAAAGUAGAAUGAUAAAUUGACGAUAUUCAGAACAGUUCUUACAUUUUUCACAUGAUCAAGUAAACGAGUGAUCAACACUCUAAUCGACUAGUCAUUCCCUCUCUUGUGUUUCUAAACACAUCAAUACUGAAAUCAGUGAAUGAUAUUGAGAGUCAUUGAUUGGAAUGAUUUAAUAGACAGAGUAUUUGUAGUAACUUCCUUCUGACUAUGAAGACAGAGUGAAUGAGUCAGAGAAUUGAGUAGUGAAAAUGACAUGUGAGUUUUAUUCCAAAAUGUAUUAAAUGUUAUAUUUGCUGCAAUUGUUAACAUUGAGAAAUGUUGAAAUUAAACAUGUGAUUGAAUCUGAUGAAUAAUUUCAACAAACGUUUUCUUUCAAAAUGUAUUACAGAAGGAACUUCACCCGUCGAAAAUACUGAUUCCGUACAAGAAGUAAAGUCGUCAAUUGUUUCUGACGUUGUUACAGAAAGUGAGGAAAGCCUGAUUACAACCACAAAUGAAGACAGUCAUAAAGAAGGAACUUCUAGCUCGAAUUCCUCGGAGUCGACAACCGUGGCUGGCGUUGCUAACAUUGAAACUGUUGUUAACCUAACCUCAAAUCCUCCGGAAUCUACGGCAGAAACUUCUGACAACGAAUCAGAUAGCACUGACAACACUGAUUUACUCACCACUCUGACGACAGAAACUGUUACUCUUCAGAACGAUAGUGUUGUUCAAGUAACUUCAGAGGGCUUAGAAAAUCAUACAGAAAACACUUAUACUGUGGCAAUUGGUGAAAACCAUACAGAUGUUGUUCAUACAGAAACAGUUAUAUCUGAUUCAACCUCAGAAAAUCUUGAUAACCACACAGAAACCCCUAAAGACGCUGAUACACUGCCUCGUUUGAUGGAAGCUGUUGGUGACGUUUGUGAAGUGUUCGGUACUUACACGGACACACAGUCGACUGGUUCAACUUCAGAAGACUUAGAAAAUCAAACAGAAAGCACUGUUAACUCAGAUAUUACCCCUUCUACACUGAUCCAUAACGAUGACGAAAGUAGUACCGAUGAAUCUCGAGUAGAGUCAACUUCAGAAAGUGUUGAUAUUGAAGCAAUAACAGUCACGGAAACAGCUAGAUAUCCUAAUAAUUUGACAAAAUUAAUUUUUAGCCUUUGCAACGUGUACACUAACAUGAAUAAAAGUGUCACUGACACAACAACAGAACCUUCGGAAACCAUGAUACAAACGGUGACAAACAACGUCACUGAGUCAGAAACCGAGUCUACUAGCAAUGAAACACAAAGUGUUUCCAUUAUUGACAUAGGUACUGAAAAUGAAAAUGAAACAGGCACAAGCACUGAACAACCAAUUACUAAUGGAACAGUAUUGAAUGGUUUAGAUAUUUCUACUAAAAAGAAUAAAAAGUGUAAAACAAAGGUAUCAGAUGAAACAGAGUGUGAAAGCGAAUCGGAAACUGAAGAUAAUAAAGAAGAAUCCGAUAAGGAUGAUAAUUCUGACAGUGAUAAUGAAGAUGAUGAAGAUUGAAAACAAUAAAAUUGUGUUAAUAUUAAACACAAUCCCUGGUGUACCAAUAGAUGAUUUUACAAUUAUUCGAUGCAACAACAAAAAAACAAUCAAUUAGCGUAUUAAUUUUUUUUAAAUUCCGCUUAAAUUUUACUAUUUAAACACUGAAACAAAUUCUGUCAACUGAUUGAAAAAGAUCAAUGUAAUAUUUAGUCAUUAUUUAUUACAUUUUAUCUCUUCACAAUAUGCAUAUAUAUAUUCGGUAUUGGCUGAAAUAUAAAUCUUUCCC